UUAUGUGGCGUUUCAACAGUUUUCGUUCACCGGAGCCUUCCACGAGCGGUACACAGCGCCGCUCAGAGACAAGUAGGUUUAUGGAGAGAGAAAGAGAGAUUACUCAAGGUGUUAGAAGAAGACAGCGUUCACUUUUGCCUUCUCUUUCUCGAAUGGUCGGCUUUGAAAGUGAACGUGGAAGAGCAACAGGGUCUGAUAGAGAGCUGUCACAAUCCUACGUAGAAGCCUACUCCACCAAUAUAAAGAAAACAAAACAAGGCAAAAAGAAAUAUCAGCGAAAGACAGCAACUUGUAGUCAAUUAGAAAACCUUAUGGAAGCUUUGUUCUAUCGAGAGUGUGGAUUUGUGAAAGCGUCAUCUGGGUCUUGUCGUUUUUUUCGAAUAGUUUAUCGUGCAAUAGUUCCGAAUGGUGGUGCAACUUUAGAUGUGAAGCUUCCAAAUAUAAUCAUCCGAAGGUUUACACCCGAUGGAAAGUAUCUGGUUUGUUUCAGUCAGAAUCAAAAGGAUUUAGUGGUCUACAGGUAUGUUGGACCUCAUUUUUGCACUAAAGGUCCUGUUUCCGACAUAGAGUCCAUGAAUAAGGAAAAGAAUCAUUCUGAUAUUCUUAACUCUUUCGAACAUUUCUUUUCACUUCACUUUCAAAGGACUGUUGCUUUAAGAAGUGAAAUUCUUUGUAAAACAUUUUGUAUAGCUGGGUUGAAUGGAACCUGUUUGAUUGUGGCUUCCUGGUCACCUCCACAGGCUUCUAGUAGUAUCGAUGAUAGAGAAACUGUUUCUAGCACAAGUAGAGAAAGACCUGCAUUGAAUUUCGUACCUUGUUUGGAAAAAUUGAGUUUACAUACUGUAAAUGUAGAAACUGGUUGUUUAUGUGACAGUUGGAGUCUUCGGGAUGACUUUGUGGAUUUGGAAAAUCAUUCCGGUGUGCAUUUAUUGGAAGAUACUUUAUUGGUUUUAUCUCUACGUUUUCAGAAGUUGCACAUUUUGAAGCUACUUCCUUCCGGAAUGUUGGUACCCUUUAAGGAAAUAGGUCCUCAUUGUUUUGAAGAUGAUUCCCUAGUGAUAGCUCAAAUGGAGGAAAGGGAAAGAAGGUUUCGUCUCAGUCUGGAAAAUCACAAAUGGUUCUCAUUAAGAGGAGUUCAUUGGAAUUUUGAACCUGAAGAGGUUUUAGAGAGUCGGGUAGAAAAUACAGGUUUGGGAAAUGGAAUGGCUUCGAGAGGGUUUUAUGCAGGAUUGAUGCAUCGCAUUUUGACUUAUUUCUAUACUCAUUCAAUGUAUUCGGACAAUGUAGACUCGAAUUCUCGCUCACAAUUCUUUGAUCGGUUUCAGGAUUAUACUUCAUUCGUCAUAUUGAAAGCUCAGCUUUUGGACACUGAACAUAUCAUCCUAAGAUUGGCAAGAGCAGAAGAUGCUCAAAGAGCCAUGGAUCCUUCGUUGAUGACCUUUUUCUUAGGUUUUUACAAUAUGACAAGUACUCAUUUUGCGGCUAUUUUGUCCAACAACCAUAGUGAACUUGCAAAGAUUGUAGAAAAUCAUAGCAGCAAGUUUUUACAUACCUGUAUGUCUUCCGAUUUUUAUUAUGGAGGAUCGAGUCCUACUAUUCGAUAUCGUUUUUUACUUGGAAGCGAUAGAACUUCGAAAGAAGGAGGAAACUGGUCAGAGCAUACAGUGAAACGAAUUCUUUCUUCCAUACCAUGUUCUUGUCAAGUGUUUCAUCACAGUCCUUAUUUAGAUAGAAAACUGUUCUCAUUUGAUGAAAGCAAAUUGUUGGCGUUACAAGGAUACAAAAUGAUUCCCUGUAGUGAUACAGGAGUCAUCAAGUUUACUCUUUCAUCAGGAGGGCCGCUACGGUUCAAACUUCGUUCAGACUUUCGUCCGCAGUCAGAAUCCGCAGAAAACUGGAAACGGCUGACUAGUUUUUUGUUUCAUCCAAUUUUUCCGUUUGUGAUUAAUAUGCAGCAAAGUUUGUUGGAGCCAUUGCAGAUCAACUUUUACUACCAUUUAGAAUGAUCGAGAGGAUGAUGAAGUGGG